AUGUUUGCCUUUUGUUCUAGAGACUACACUGGUGGAUUCUGCUGUGAAUGUCGACCAGGAUAUUUGGGUAAUGGAAAGGAUUGCGUCAAGAAAGGAGAUCCACAGAGGAUUUCGGGCUCACUUGAAGGUGUGAUCAAUGGAGUCUCCAUCGGUCAAGUUGAUCUGCACACACUGGUCACUGCCUCAGACGGCCAUGCUUACACAGCGUUGUCGAAGAUCCCGUCGGACCUUGGGCAUCAGUUCCUUCUGCUGAAUCCUAUCGGUUCCAUCAUGGGAUGGCUUUUCGCGGAGGUGCAAUCGCCAACCGCAUAUAAUGGUUUCCAAGUGACUGGUAGUCAUCUCAACCGUACCGUGACCCUUCAUAUUGGUGACCGUUACCAUGUGUCAAUUCGUCAGCAAUACACCGGCAAGGACGUCUAUCAUUAUCUAAAGGUCUUCGUUUCUGGAACGUUGCCAGACAUUCCACCAGGCACUGAAAUAGCAUUCCCGGAUUAUGAGGAGGAAUAUCGCCGUGAAAGGCCGGGACUUAUUCGUUCAUAUACUGGCUUGGAUAUUCAAGUGAAAGAGCAUGGUCAGCCAAAAACAAUGCGAAUGACUAUCGAUCAGCAAAUUCAGUAUGAGGAAUGUCCUCAUCGAACGUUCGACAAAGAACAAGCUGUAAUGCUUCAUGUGAAACGUACACACGUUAAUUACCAUGCUGAGGACGGUAUUGUACGCUACGGCUCUCGCAACUACAUCCAUUCAAUCGGCAGUGCUCCACAUGGCGAAAGCUCCAGACCCGAUCCUCGUCAACCACCCCAAACCCAGCAGCAAACCCAACAGGUCAACCCGGAUCUCUGUACCGAAGGUCGUCAUGUC